AUGCAAUUCUCAGUGUCGCUGCCCGAGCAGCAGCCGGUUAACGGCACGAAUGACCCCCACAACCACCACUAUGUCAACCCCCUCGUCUCUAGCUUUCCGACCGUGGUGGGACCUAAGCUGCCAUGCAAGUACCGUGUCCGCCGCGCCAUCGGCCGCGGUGCCUUCUCCACUGUGUGGCUACUGAUCAACAACAGAACAGGCAAGACGGUUGUUGGGAAGCUCUCCGACGCCUCGCAUUCCUCUAGCGCCUCCAAGGCGUUUGCCGAGGCGGAGGUGGAGAACAUGCGGUGCUGCAACCACCCCAACAUCAUCUCCCUCAUCGAAACCUUCGAGGCGGGAGAAAAGUCUCUGUACAUUCUGGAGUACGCCAACGCCGGCGAUCUGCAGGCUCAGGUCGACACCCGCGCGCAACCGCCACCUGGUACGAACGACGGAACCCCGAUUCCGUACCGUGAGGAUGAGGUGCUCGUUAUAUUUGCCCAGCUCGGCCUCGCCAUCCGCUACCUGCACGACCGCCGCAUCAUGCACCGCGACCUCAAAACAUCGAAUGUCCUGCUGACGCGUAGCGGGCUCAUCAAGCUCGGCGACUUUGGCUUUUCGCGUCAGUAUCAAGAGAGUGUCUCUGGCGAAGUCGGCAAGACGUUCUGCGGCACGCCCUACUACUUGGCCCCGGAGAUGUGGCGGCGACAGUCCUACAGCUACAAGGCGGACAUCUGGUCCCUUGGAGUGAUCAUGUACGAGCUACUCGCCCUCAAGAAGCCAUUUCAGGCAACGAACCUGUCGGACCUGAUGGAGAUGGUGACGCGGCAGGGCAGCUUUGACCCGCUACCGGAGGAUCGGUACUCGUCCGAUAUGAUCUCACUGGUCAAUCAGAUGCUCAGGGUGGACCCAAGUGAGCGCCCGAGCAUCAACGACAUACUUGCCUUACCGCUCUUUCAGCAAAGGGGGCUGACGAUACUCAAAAUAAAUGUGCGACGCAUCAAGAGCCUUGACGUGGAGGUGCGGGCGCGCCUUGUAGAAGACGUGGAGGCGGUGCUCGGAGACAACAACCUUUCCUCCGAAGCAUCACCGCUGUGA